AACAGGCAGGUGUUGGGCACGCUCCUCACCGGUGUCAGAUUCUCCCGCCACACGCCUUCCGCUGUCCUCUUACUUCUUUCUCUCUUUUUUCUCUCUCUAACAUCACCACCCACACGCCUUCCAACUCUCAAGCCCUUCAAAGAUUCAAAGAAAAUUCAUUUCCCUGAAGCUUUUUGGGUGGUAAGAAACUAAGCAUGGAUACAGAGGCAGAGGCUCCUGCAGUUCCAAUGGUUGACAAGGUCAAUGUAGUGGUAGAGAAAUCAGUAAGCAGGACCAACCCUAGCAAGAAGAAUCAGGUGAAAGUUCCUAAAAGAAUUCACAAGGCUGAGAGGGAGAAAAUGAAACGUGAGCAAUUGAAUGAGCUUUUCCUUGCACUGGCUAAUGCUCUCGAACCAACACAACAGAACAGCGGAAAGGCCUCUAUAUUGAGUGAAGCUACUCGAUUCUUGAAGGAUAUGCUUUCUCAGAUUGAGUCUCUCAAACGAGAGAAUGCAGCCUUGUUAUCUGAAUCUCAAUAUGUGACUGUAGAGAAGGAUGAGCUACAAGAUGAGAAAUCCACUUUAGAAGUUCAGAUUGGUAAACUGCAAAGGGAGCUAGAAGAAAGGCUUGCACAGUGUAAACCCGACCUGAAUGUAGCACCUCCUGGAUAUCAGCUACCAGAAUUGAACUCACAUUUUCCUGUAGAAACUGCAUCCCAGCAAGCACCUAUCGUAAGUCCCAUCUUUGUCAUCCCUUUCCGCUCUGAUCCCCAAUCUUAUGUGGAAUCUGAUGAUGCCCAGCAUGCAUCUAAACCUACCUCAAAUGUGAGUAAACCACAUGCUAGGUAUCCCACAGAGGCUGAUUCAUGGCCGUCUCAGCUUCUCGGGAAACAGCCAAACUGAGGGUAGGAAUUUCAACAUACUGGUAGCAAGCAGUAGCAGUAGAUUUUAGAUGUGGGAACUAGGCCUUGGCAAAAUGUACCUUUUGUGACUUGUCAUGCUUACUGAUCUGUGUGUAGUAGUUCCUAACUCGAUUCCGACAGUAUUUUGUGGAUGUACUGUGUGUUGGUGAUGUUGGGCUUCAGCCUGCGGUGGCUGGUAGAAAAAUGAACAGAGUAUUGAUCCUUCAUAGCUUGCAGCUCAACAGUGAACAAUAGUGUAGGCUUGUCCCCAUUGGGAGGUUAACUAGUUCAUUACACUCGAAGCAUUUUGUGAGUUCUCUUUUAUGUGAUCUUGUUGAAGCGAAAUUAUUUCUCAUUCAUUUUUA